AAUCAGAUUAUAAAAAUGCUUUUGUAACAUAUGAUAAAAUUAAAGAUGAUGGUAAUGACAAUUUCAAACGUCAAGUCAAAUUUAAAAUGGGACUACACUUGCUUGCUGGUGCUGGUUGUGAAGAAAAUAUUGCAAAGGGUGUUAAGCUCAUUAUUGAAGCCGAACGUCUUGGUUUUUAUCCCGCAAAAAAAUGGAACCAAGAUCAUGGAAAAAAAAAUGAUUAUGGUGCAAGCGAGGCAAAAAAACUAUUACCAGUGCGAAUUUAA